GGCCGAGGCCGGGGGCUGUGUGCCGGGCGCCGAGGAGAGGUGUGCAGUUUUCGAUCGAAGCCCCGGGACCCCGCUGCCCUUCGGGGCCGCCAGCCUCCGGCUUCCUCUCCGGCACCAGCAGAGCUACUCGGCGGGCGACCCCCGUCCGGCCGCCUCCCCUUCGCUCCGCGUCGCCCGCAGCCUUCCGCCCGCCCGCAAACGAGCCCAGCCGGCCGGGCCGUGGCCCUCCUCCGUGCCGGCCGCCAUGGCAGGGGCGCUCGGCGCGAGGGAAAUCUAGUCCGAGGAUUUCAUGCGGCCUAGCUCGGUUCCGUCUCUUGCGCCCGCGGUCCCGGCAGCUGCCGGCAGCCCAGCCCCACUUCGGGCCUCCGUGUCUCUCCUGUGAUCGCACUGACACGGCCGGGGGGUUAGAAUGGAACAAACUGAAGGCUCGAUGAGAGAAAGGGAAAGUUAAGGAUGCUGGAGCAGAACAAUGGAUUUCUCUUUCUCUUUCAUGCAAGGGAUCAUGGGAAACACAAUUCAGCAACCACCUCAACUCAUUGACUCCGCCAACAUCCGCCAGGAGGAUGCCUUUGAUAACAGCAGUGACAUUGCUGAAGAUGGUGGCCAGACACCCUUCGAAGCUACUUUGCAACAAGGUUUUCAGUAUCCACCCACAACAGAAGACCUUCCUCCACUCACCAAUGGCUACCCACCAUCGAUCGGCUUGUAUGACACUCAGACCAAAUACCCGCCAUAUAACCAGUACCCCAAUGGGUCGGCCAACGGCUUUGGUGCAGUUAGAAACUUUAGCCCCGCUGACUAUUACCCAGAAAUUCCAAACACAAGACCACACGAAAGUCUGGAAAAACCUUCUCCUCCACAGCCGCCUCCUCCUCCUCCGGUACCACAAACUGUAAUUCCAAAGAAGACGGGCUCACCUGAGAUUAAACUAAAAAUAACCAAAACUAUCCAGAAUGGCAGGGAGUUGUUCGAGUCCUCCCUUUGUGGGGACCUUUUAAAUGAAGUCCAGGCAAGUGAGCACACGAAGUCAAAGCACGGGAGCAGGAAGGAGAAGAGGAAAAAGAGCAGCAGGCACGAGGCGCCCGGACCCGAAGAGCGCCGGCCACACAAGACCCCCAAGUUAGAGCCAGAGGAAGAGAGUAGACCAAAUGAGAGGGUGGACACCGCACCAGAAAAACCAAGAGAAGAGCCAGUGAUCAAAGAAGCCGUCCCGGUUCAGCCAAUACUGUCUUCUGUUCCAACAACAGAAGCGUCCACUGGUGUUAAGUUCCAGGUUGGUGAUCUUGUUUGGUCCAAGGUGGGAACCUAUCCUUGGUGGCCUUGUAUGGUUUCAAGUGACCCCCAGCUUGAGGUCCAUACCAAAAUUAACACAAGAGGUGCCCGGGAAUAUCAUGUCCAGUUUUUUAGCAACCAGCCAGAGAGGGCAUGGGUUCAUGAGAAACGGGUACGGGAGUAUAAAGGUCACGAACAGUAUGAAGAGUUACUAGCCGAGGCAACCAAACAAGCCAGCAAUCACUCUGAAAAACAAAAGAUUCGGAAACCCCGGCCUCAGAGAGAACGCGCCCAGUGGGACAUUGGCAUUGCGCAUGCGGAGAAGGCUUUGAAGAUGACUCGGGAAGAGAGAGUGGAACAGUACACUUUCAUCUACAUUGACAAGCAGCCAGAAGAGGCUGCAUCCCAAGCAAAGAAGAACGUUACCUCCAAGACCGAAGUUAAGAAACCUCGAAGACCAAGAUCUGUGCUCAAUAGUCAGCCAGAACAGACCAAUGCUGGGGGGGUGGCCUCCUCACAGUCAAGUACUGACCUUCGGAGACAGAGCCAGAGGCGGCACACGAGUGUGGAAGAGGAAGAGCCCCCUCCUGUUAAAAUAGCCUGGAAAACAGCGGCCGCGAGGAAGUCCUUACCGGCCUCCAUCACAAUGCACAAAGGGAGCCUAGAUUUGCAGAAGUGUAAUAUGUCUCCAGUUGUGAAAAUUGAACAAGUGUUUGCUCUUCAGAACGCGACAGGAGAUGGGAAGUUCAUUGAUCAGUUUGUUUAUUCAACGAAGGGAAUUGGUAACAAAACAGAAAUAAGUGUCAGGGGGCAAGACAGGCUUAUAAUCUCCUCGCCGAGUCAGAGAAAUGAGAAGCCAACUCAGAACACGUCAUCUCCCGAGGCAACAUCUGGCUCUGCAGGCCCCGGAGAGAAGAAGCAGCAGAGGAGGUCCAUCAGGACUCGAUCUGAGUCAGAGAAAUCUGCCGAGGUUGUGCCAAAGAAGAAGACCAAGAAGGAGCAGGUUGAAACAGGUCCCCAGGCUUCCCUGAAGACUGGAUUACAGAAAGGUGCCAGCGAGAUUUCAGAUUCCUGUAAGCCUCUAAAGAAAAGGAGCCGCGCGUCAACUGAUAUGGACACGGCUAAUUCCGCCUACAGAGACACGUCUGACUCCGAUUCUCGAGGACUGAGCGAUCUGCAGGUAGGCUUUGGGAAAGGAGGAGACAGCCCUUCAGCGGCUGCAGAUGCAGAUGCUUCUGACUCUCAGUCUGUGGACUCCAGUUUGUCUCGGAGAGGCGUUGGCCUCAGUAAGAAGGACACCGUGUGUCAGAUCUGUGAAACCGCCGGUGACUGUCUGGUUUCCUGUGACGGGGAGUGCUGCAGACACUUUCACUUGGAGUGCCUGGGGCUGACUGCACCCCCUGAGGGAAAGUUCAUCUGCGAGGAGUGUGAAACGGGCCAGCACCCCUGUUUCUCAUGUAAAGUGUCUGGUAAGGAUGUGAAGCGUUGUUCCGUCAGUGUGUGUGGGAAGUUUUACCAUGAAGCCUGUGUCCGCAAAUUCCCCACCGCCAUCUUUGAGUCGAAGGGGUUCCGCUGUCCCCAGCACUGCUGCACCUCCUGCUCUGUGGAGAAGGACAUCUACAAAGCAAGCAAAGGGCGGAUGAUGAGAUGCUUGAGGUGUCCGGUCGCCUAUCACUUUGGAGAUGCGUGUGUUGCUGCUGGAAGCGUCUCUCUGUCCUCCCACGUCCUCAUCUGUAGCAACCAUUCCAAACGGAGUAGUCAUUCUGCAGCUGCCGUAAACGUAGGCUUUUGUUUCGUUUGUGCCAGAGGGCUGAUAGUUCAGGACCAUUCAGACCCCAUGUUCAGUUCCUAUGCCUAUAAAUCCCACUACCUACUGAAUGAAUCAACCCGUGCUGAGUUGAUGAGAUUACCUAUGGUUCCUUCUUCGUCAGCUUCCCAAAAGAAAUGUGAGAAAGGUGGGAAACUGCUGUGCUGUGAGACGUGCCCGGCCGCCUUCCACCCGGAGUGCCUGAACAUAGACCUGCCAAGAGGCUGCUGGAGCUGCAAUGACUGCAGAGCCGGCAAGAAACUGCAUUACAAGCAGAUUGUUUGGGUCAAACUGGGCAAUUACAGAUGGUGGCCUGCAGAGAUCUGCAGCCCCAGGUCUGUGCCUCUGAAUAUCCAGGGCCUGAGGCACGAGUUGGGGGACUUCCCUGUGUUCUUCUUUGGGUCUCAUGACUACUACUGGGUACACCAAGGCAGAGUGUUCCCUUAUGUGGAAGGAGACAAAAGCUUUGCCGAGGGACAGACUAGCAUUAACAAGACCUUCAAAAAAGCACUGGAGGAAGCCGCGAAGCGCUUCCAGGAGUUGAAAGCACAGCGGGAGAGUAAGGAGGCUCUGGAGAUAGAGAAGACCUCAAGAAAACCGCCGCCCUACAAACACAUCAAGGCCAACAAAGUGAUAGGCAAGGUGCCAGUCCAGGUGGCUGACCUGUCGGAGAUCCCCCGCUGUAACUGCAAGCCUGCUGAUGAGAACCCUUGUGGCUUGGAGUCGGAGUGUCUGAACAGGAUGUCACAGUACGAGUGUCACCCGCAGGUGUGCCCUGCUGGGGACCGCUGUCAGAACCAGUGCUUCACAAAGAGGCUCUACCCCGAUGCAGAGGUCAUCAAAACGGAGCGGAGAGGCUGGGGCCUCAGAACCAAAAGAAGCAUUAAGAAGGGUGAAUUUGUAAAUGAAUAUGUUGGUGAAUUAAUUGAUGAAGAAGAAUGCAGACUUCGAAUCAAGCGAGCUCACGAGAACAGUGUAACUAAUUUUUAUAUGUUAACUGUUACCAAGGACCGAAUCAUUGACGCUGGCCCCAAAGGAAAUUACUCUCGGUUCAUGAACCACAGUUGCAAUCCGAACUGUGAGACGCAGAAGUGGACCGUAAAUGGAGACGUUCGAGUGGGACUCUUUGCUCUUUGCGACAUCCCUGCAGGGAUGGAGCUAACGUUUAAUUAUAACCUGGACUGUCUGGGCAAUGGCAGGACAGUGUGCCACUGCGGGGCAGACAACUGCAGCGGCUUCCUAGGAGUGCGGCCAAAGUCUGCGUGUGCAUCCGCUGCUGACGAGAAGUCUCGAAAUGCUAAGUUAAAGAAGAGACGGAGAGUGAAAACAGAACCAAAGCAGAUACACGAGGACUACUGUUUCCAGUGUGGAGAUGGGGGGGAGCUGGUCAUGUGUGACAAAAAGGACUGUCCCAAAGCCUACCACCUCCUAUGCCUUAACCUGACCCAGCCGCCCUACGGAAAGUGGGAGUGUCCAUGGCAUCAGUGUGACGAGUGUGCCAACGCAGCCGUCUCCUUCUGUGAAUUCUGUCCACACUCGUUUUGUAAAGCUCAUGAGAAGGGGGCUCUGGUGCCCUCUGCACUAGAAGGUCGUCUCUGCUGCUCUGACCACAACCCCGAGUCCCCUGUGUCACCAGAAUAUUGGAACAAGAUCAGAUGUAAACGGGAAUCCCAAGAUCCCGGAGAAGACGUAAAAGAGUGAACGGGGUUCUUUGCUGCCCUGCUGUUCUGAGCGGAGGAAGACAACGGAUGCUGCAUUUAACCCGGCGACGCUAGCGCCGUUCCUGGACGGCCGUUCGGGAGGACAGGGACCGGUUCACAGGCUGCGCGGGCGGUGUCGGGCUCUGGCUUGUUCUGUUGCUUUGGGGAGAGUUUGGUGGACAGUGAGAUAGAUGCCCUUGGUCUUUUCUUGCCUUUUAUCGUGUGUGCUUCAGUGUCUUUGCCACUAGCGAAAGAGGUGUCCUCAUUUUUAAAGUGAGUGAGUGGGAGAGAGAGAGAGACAGAGAGACAGAGAGAGCUGCUAACAAGAUCAUUGUCAAGCCUAAGAUGCAAUCCUUGGUUGUAUAAAGCAAAAUUAGCCAUUCCUUUAUUUAUUUUCAUUUUUAGGAAUUGUGAGAGGUGUAGCUCAAACAAUCUGACCUGUGUGUGUGUGUGUGUGUGUGUGUGUGUGUGUGUGUGUGUGUGUGUGUACGUACCUUUAUAUACCUCUUUACUGAGCCGUAGAUAGGCUAACUUUAACUUCUCUCUUUUUUUUUCCCAUGCCUUUUCUAGUCUCAGAGAAGGCUCUCAGCAAGUAUUCAGUCUGGCCUCUUGGAAACAAAUGCCUUGACAGCUUUUACCUCUGGUCUUAGACGAGGUGGGCUCCACGGUGCAGUAACUCCACCUGAAGUGUGGCUGUAGGGAAAUGUCCAGAGGGAGGAGGGAGGGAGGGCACUCAUUGGCUCUGGGUGUCAUCCAUCUACAGUUUCCCGAUCCAGUGCAUGUGUGGGGCUGUGAACGCGUGGGAGAGGGAGUGCUCACUGCUGUCGUCCUGACGCACGGCAAGGAGCCAAGACAGACAGAGUAAGGCACAGACCGCAAGUUGGAUCAGAUCCGCACCAUUUCCUGAGCACUUCGUGUAGACUCCAGUCUCACUGGAAUUUAAGGGCAUUUGAUUGUCUGUCCUUCGCUCUGCCAAUCAAUGGCCAGCUGAUCACUCAACCGUGUUUCCUAGUAGAGCUGUGUAAUUGAAUCUGAAUUAUAUUUUAAGAGAUUUUUUUUUCCAGUUGAUUUCCUAACUUGGGGAUGGUGAAAAUAGACAGAGACAUCCCCCAAGUUAUAUGUGAACAGUUUCUUCUUAGUAUUAUGCAAUGCUUCAUAUUGUCCCCAUUGAGUAAGGGGAGGAAGUUUUCCAGGGUCUGUAAGAGCCACAGAGAGCGCUUCAUCUUAGAGAGCACUUGAGAACACUCCCCAGAAAGUCAGUGUUCGCAAACGUUAUGUUCCGUUUGAAUGGCACAGACCCGAGCCACCACGGUGUCGACCCACAGAAUUCCCUUGCAUCUCGCACUUAGCCAUAGAGCUAUUCCGGUAUUACUUGCAUGAAAUCACGUGAGACAUUGGAACACUGGACUGAGUAGGAAACUAGUGUCACUAUGAAACAUGAACUUUCUCAGUGAGUUUUAACUGCUUUCCAGCAGGCGGUACACAGUAGGGUUUAUCCUCCUCAAGAACCUAGUACGUCAUUAACGUGGGGCGGGAGAUGCUCCACGACAUCCUGGAGUUGUGUCCAGUGUGUUGGUUCCUUUUUUAAUUUUUUACAAAUCAAUUCAGACCUCUUUCUCUGGAAGAAAGAGCAAUUUUGUGCCUCCUUUUUUAAAAUAUAUAUACACAUGUGCAAUUUAUAGACAACAGACACUACAGUCUCCCUCUAAGCUCCUAAACUGCCACUUAGCUGGAUGUAGCAUUUCUAGUAGUCCUGUGGUUAGACAAGCUCUGAUGAGCGGAGAGACAGGACGCUACGGCCCCGUGUGGUCACUGUGACAGAAGCACAGCCCAUGCAAACACUACACUGCGCUCGUUAGCAAUUAUGAAGUUUGAUCUCCUUUAGAAAAGUAAAGUAAGAAUAUCUGGGUUUUAUCAUACUAAAAUAUUAUUUUAUACAGACGUGAUAAACGUUUUUUAAACUCACUGAUAAAGGAUUUCUUUUGAUAUUCCAAAUGUAACUCUUAGGAGAACAGUGUCCAAUAUGAAAUUGCAUCUUGUUUCCUUUUUGACUUUAUGCUUUUUUAGUAUCAGAUAACUUUUAUAUAGUAAGCCCCAGAGUGCAUCAUGUAUUUAUAAAUACCUUAGGCUGACCUAUCUCAAUUCAGCUUCUUUGGUGUGGCAUAUUUGUUUCUCUGUUUAUAGAAGAGCUUUGCAAAGACUUCUCAAAGCUUUUCUUUUUGAUGACUAAUAGGAUUGUUCUGCUAUUUCACAAGGCAUGGGAUGGUUCAAAACAGUUCGGCAUGGCCCAGAAGCUUUCGGGGCUCCAAACUUGGCUUUGCUGUGCCGGUUCAGGGGCAUCUUCCUGUGCUGUUGUGGCCUAGGUCUGUCUUAGAGUUGAAGGCGUCUAAGUAUACAUAAGCUGUGCUUGCCUGUCCUGCACCAGAGCCUGUUCCAGAAGGCACCACGCUUACCCAUGGUCUGAAGCUGGUAUCCAUUAGCUUUGAAAUCAUAUGUGGUAUGCAGUCUUUGUGGUUGGUUUAUCCAGCCCGGAAAAGAAAGCACUUGAAGCAGCAUGGACUAACGGUGGUUUUUAACCUCAUUCAGAUUCCUAGGAAGACGAGAUUUCUGAUUAGCAGUGUAAAGCUUUAGAUAUGGUUGGUAAGAGCUAGCAAUGAUGUCAUGAAGCUGUCCCGGACCCUGUACUUUGGGGCCACUCUGGGCUGCCAGGAUAGCUGCCUGUGCCUGGAAGGGGCGGCAGGGGCGGCGCCCUCACUGCCCGCACUGAAGCAGCCGUUCACGUCUUCAAUCUCAUCAGUGUUGGAGAGCAGAAUGGAGUGGGCUUUAUCUUCUCCUUUGCUCUGCAAGCCCUUCUCCAUUUCCGUUCUCAAAAAUUCUCUUCCCUAAGCUGUACAAUAGACUGGGUUUGGGAACCAUGAGAACUUGGAGAUUUCUGUGUGUUGUAUAAAUAACAUAUCCCAGUGAGUUAGGAACAUAUUUGAAACUAAAAAGAUAACUGGAAGUGGGGCAGCAGCCAGCUGCUCCACUCUACCCGCCGCAGUAUUUGCAGGGACGCCCUGUAACUGGUGUGUGCAGCGGGGACACGGGGUGUCCGUGGUCACGGGAGACACUCAGGUGGCCGGGCUGGCGGACAGCGUCCAUGAAGUAGUUUCUUUCCUGAGUGCUUUCUUCCCUGCUAAGUUCUGUUAGACCCAAAGAUGGAAAUCAUGGCAUCUGUUCGGAAUAUCGACCCUGGCUCCCAGGACCUGCUGUUAUCUGUCAUUUUCUGUUUCAGUCCCACGUUCCUCCUGCAGCAUCCACUCACCACAGAGCUGAGACGCUUCCAGCCACAUGUCAUGUCCUAAUGAGAGAGAAAAGCAAAUCGCCUUUGAGUCUCACGGCUUGGCAAACUAGUCGUUUUUAUGUUUCUCAUGAGUACAAGGGCGUUGGGAAGUUGCUUUAUUCCUAGACUUGAAUCAUUCUGCACAUGGCUGUUGCAUCCGACCACUCCCCUGCUCUGCUGAGGCGCUGUGGACAGCACAGUGAGCAAGUGGAAAGUUCCUCCACGAAGGACCACCCUGCCUAAGUCUCUGGUUCUUUGUAGACAAAAGAAGACCUCGGUCCAUUUUCAGAUGCACUAGAGGAGUAAAUGUAGACAGCUUUUCAGUGGAUUACCCAAUAUUGAAAAGCUCGACAUUUGGAUGUCCUGAAAUAUCACCAGGUUUUACCCUGGGUAGGGUACUGGGGGUCCCGGGAGAAAGGGCAUAAUAGAGCCCGGGAGGGAAAUGGUGGGUGGUCAUCACAGGCACAAUGUAGUCCCCUAUACACUGAGACCUCUGCCUCAUUCAAUUCAGGUUCUUCAAGUACUUGAGACUGUGGAUUGUCUUUCCAGUUCCUUUGUAAAAUUACAAAGUGGGAAGCACCACUGUGUAGACUGUCCAAAGGGAAGCCCUUCCGGUGGGAGCGGAGGUAUCUCAGAGUGUUGGCACCUCUGAGGAAGAGACGCCUGCAUGAGAUAUCGGCAGCACUUCUAGAAAUUGUUCCUAUGGUUUUGCUUUGUCUUUUUUAUUUGUUUGCCUCGUCCCCAAGUGUUUUUUGUCUUUCUUUUUAAUAUAAGCCUGGGUGUGUGUGGGUGUGUGGGUGUGUUGUGUGUGGAGGGGUGGUAGUGUUUGCAUUUAUGUUACACUCCUGAAAUGCUGUGUGUAACCCUUGUUUCAAAAAGCCAUGUCUGCCAGGCAUGGUUCUGCACGCCCUUAAUCCCGGCACUCCAAAAGCAGAGGCAGGCGCAUGUCUGUGAGUUCAAGGCCUACGUAAUGAGUUCCAGGACAGCUAGGGCCAUGUAGAGACCCUGUCUCAAAAGGAGAAAAAAGAAGAAAAAAAUGACAUUGUUUGGCUUUUGUCAAGCCAGUGGACAAAUGGCCGAUGUGAGCACUUGUACCUGUGUCGGGGGAGGGGAGGAAAGUAUUGCUUGUCCUUUCGUAGGCUCUGAAAGUCAUUCACGUGUACAUUAAAGUGAAAAUAGAAGGGGCCAGAGUCAGUAUUCAGUCCUUGGUUUUCUGUGACUUCGCUAGUCCGCGAAGGGGUGAGAAGUACCCCAGCUUCACCGUCUUUUCCCUACCUGCUGGCAGAGCCGUGGUGCGUGCCCAUGGCCUUCAAGUGCCCGACGGCCAGUUCGCCUGGAUCGGGCUCCUGUCGGCUCAAAGGAACGGGGAAGUUUACAUUUAUCUUCGUUGUCAGCUAAUAUCUCAUUUUCUGUUAUGUAACCUAUGGUAACUGUACUGCCAAUAAUAACCAAGAUGCUAACUGAUUACAUCUGGCCCAAAAGAUCUUUUAUAUACAAAGAUUUGUGUAUAUUUUGAAUCGAUAUGGCAAAUUUCAUUUGUGUCCACUUGAUUAUUACAAAUAAACAAAUACCUGCAGAUUCAGUCUUCAUUCUCUGUGUUCUUUGAAUAAUGUUCUUUAUAGAUGUUUACAUCUGUGUUUACCUGUAAUGAACUUUGUAGAUCCUGUGAAAUAUUAUUUUGCUUAAACCACUUGAGUCCUUAAUAUCAAAGCAUCACCCUUCACUGGGCAGUCUCUUUAGUUUCUGUCACUUGGCCAGAACUCCUAACACUAAGGAAUUAGUGCUAGUUUUCCCCAGAGGUAUCCUUCUAGGGCAUUACUGUAUAAUGACUUUGAAACAUAGUUUAAGGAUUUCGUUGACUGACCAAUGUCUUACUGUAAAGUAUGAGUCUGCCAAUGGUGGUUAACCUGUACAUAGAUAGCCUAUCAGUGGUGGUUAACCUGUACAUAGCCUACCAGUGGUGGUUAACCUGUACAUAGAUAGCUCACUGUGGACCAGUUGUAGUGUAUGUGGGAUUGCCUGUGAUAUUUACGGUUCUUACUGACGUGUGCUGGUGGGACAGUUUUUGUACAUUGUAUUGACUGAAAUUUUGCCUUUUUAAUUUUACAGAUACUUUAGGACUCAGAUGUGUUUUCUGCUUCUGUAAGAAUGUGGAAAAGUUUUUAAUGGCAUCCGAUUGGUUUCAGGUCUUGCUUGAGGUUGACUUUAAUAAAUUGUCCUGUAUGUUCUAA